AUGCCAUUCCCCCAUUUCAGAUUCCAUUCCUACAACUUUUCCUCUGUUUUAUCGUUGUUAAGCCGAAUGUCUAAGCAGAAGCGAAACGAUUUUGCGUCAACGGCCUCAACCCCGUUCAGCUCAAGCCAAUCAGAUCCAACACGGUCCAAUCCUCUCUAUCAACCUUCACAAAUGCCACCCCAACUUUGGUUCCCCAUCCCAAAUCCCUUCUUAUUUGCCAACCCAGCCGGACACCCAAUUGUUUCUCAACUUUCCACCGAACAGCUAUCACAACAACCCUUGAUUCCGAAUCCACUCUAUAGUGGACUCUCGAUUCCAAACCCUGGCGUUCAAACCUCUUCAAACUCCACCGUUCCAACUUCUUUACCUCCUAAUCGCAAUGAACACAACCACAGUUUGCCUGUUCCUUCAAGUACUCACACCACCGAGAAUGCCGAUCAAGACGAAACAAGUUUAGAUCUAGAGGAUUUUGAGACCGAGCGAGACACAGAUUGGCCCCCUAUUGGUAAGAUUGACCAACUCUGGAAUCAUACUCAAUUGAUAUGA